AUGUUUACUAUACAAAUACAUAAUUUCAAUAUUUUUGUCUCCUUGUUACAGGUGUGCAAGCCGAACAUCGAUUGCAACUCAGUGGACAACAGAUGGCGGUAUAUCGAAGUGUUUGAAUGUCUGAACGACGAUAGGAAGCUGCUCAAAGAAAUGCGGCUGUCCUUCCCUAGUGGACACUCGUCCUUCUCGGCGUAUUCGAUGAUAUAUUUUGCGAUGUAUAUCCAAAAACGUUUCACCUGGGACGGCUCGAAGCUUCUCAAGCACGCUCUCCAGCUUAUGCUGUUCCUCAUGCUAUGGUACACCAUGAUGACCAGGAUCUCCGACUACAAACACCAUUGGAGCGACGUGCUCGCCGGGUCCAGUAUUGGAUUGCUGUACGCUGUAGUUGUGUUCCUCUUCGUCUCAGGGCUCCGCAAGACGCCACGAUCGCGACAAAACCUGAACCACCUUGACGCCGAACUGCACGCUACCAACGGCAACACCCGCUCAGCAACUCGUGUGCAAGUCUGACAUCCGACCCCCACCAGCUCCCAAUCCGUCAGCGAUGAGGAGCCAUGACAGGAGUCACCCAACGUCACCAUCUCUUGGAUCUCCCACGAGUAUAUGGACGUGUAAAACUGAUCCUGUGGUGACUUGAAGAAAGGUUGUACAAAUGUAGCAGUAGCUGUAGUUCUCCAGGCAGUUAAGUGGGUUUCACACUUUAAUGACAGCUCUAUGAGUUAUCUAGAAUAUGAUUAUUACUUGAACAUAUCGAGUGGAAUAAUUGUAAUUUUACUGUUUGUUUAAUGGAUUGACAUAUCCUAUGUUCAAGAUGCUGGGGUCGAUUUAUCAAGUGUAAAAUCUUUUUCUAGAUGGCGUAUUUUAUGUAUUCUAUGUACCUAUUUAUCAUAAGGAAUUUCAUAUCACGUUUAACAGCUGCUUGUUUAUUCCUGUUACGGUUCAACCCUUGUAAUGAACUACUUAAAAGAUGAGGUCAGUGUUAGUAUUAUAAGUGUGACACUAGAUCUGGCGUUGACGUAUCACCAGUUUCCCAUAUUAGCAUGUUUGCAUAGAAAUAUGUGUUUCUGACUGGUCAUUGUAUAUAAGAUGUAUUCUGUUUAUGCCUUAUGGACUCCUGUUUGCCCUGGUGGCGUAUUUAUGUACAAUAAUUAUAUUCCCUGUAAAUAAUAUUGUAAAAAUCGAUGAACUAAUUUGUUUAGAUGUUGUUAGUGAAAUUAUUCACUCACAUUUAAAUAUGUAUAUUAUUAUUAUUAUUGGCAACUACGAUGUUUUAUUUGUUGAUAUUUACAAUGGGGGCUAUUGUUAGUCAUUAUACUCCAUGUAUUGACUUAUAUUUAAGACUCAUUAAGGUUACUGAAUAGUGCAAUUUUGUUGUUAAACAAACGAUCUAAUAAGGAUAGAGAAUACGUUCGGGUAUUAGUAGUAUUAUUACUAACAUAUUCGUGUUGUUCCUAUCGCAAAAGAAAUAUCUCACACGAUUCCUUUUCUGUUACGAUAUGACAUUUGACAUUGACAUUUGUCAAGUCAAGGGUGUCCAAGUUUUGAUCUUUCAAUGCAAUUUAAAGAAAGAUCUUCAGAAUCGCAAAAUUGUGGAAAUUCGCCACUUUACAGAAUUUAACAAAGAUCUUUAUUAGAAUAGUUACUGAUCUAAAUAUUUUACUGAUUAUAACGAAUGCAGUUAAGUAAGUAGCUAUAGUACAAGUACCGAUGCUUUUGCACACAUUAUUAUAGUCUCUUAAUUUUAAUACUUCAGCUUUAGCUAUUUUGGCUUAGAUAAAACUGUCUGUAUUAUUCUUCGCACUACUUAAUAAUUUUAUUUCAUGUUCUAUUCUCAUUUAUUUAUGUUUUAUUUUAAAAUAUUUAACUUGUAUAGUAGGACAAAUCUUUAGUGUAAAUAAGAAACAAUUCGAAAUAACCGGGUAUUGGCGAAUUUGUGUUUGACUAAAAGUUACCAAAUAAGACCCGAACGUCCCGGGUUUCAAUUCCAGCUAACGUAAAUUUUCUGCUCGGUAUAGUUGGUGGUAGGACUUGUUUUAAGUCCACAUGAUUAAAGUUCAAAAUAUGCUGGCAACAAUUAUUCAACACGACACAACGAUAUAAAUUAAUACACAUGAUUUUCGAAAUCGUGAAAAAACUCCCAUUCCACCUUUCAUGCAAAUUAGCGCUGUGCAUUGAUAAUGGGGUCUCAUUAAAAAAUUAAACGCUGUAAUUCGGUUGUA